AGAGAAAGUGUUCUGCGGAGACACGCGGAGACGCGCAGAGAGCGAGACGCGGAGAUACGGACAGAAAUGGCGUCACUGAUGGUGAUGAUGGUGGUGGUGAUGGUGAUGGUGGCUGAGGUGCAAAGUGAUAUCACCAUCUACCAGAACACAACUGAUUUGGUCAUCAUAUACAACCGAUCAAUGGUUAACCGACCUUCGUUGGCAAGUUACUCUGAUGCAUGCGAUCCUUACCCGACGGAUAUCACCACAACAACCACCGUCUCUGUCGUGGCUACCGUCCCCACCAGUUCCUCCUCCGGCUCCUCUUCGACGGCCGUGGGGAUUGGGGUCGGGGUUGGAGUCGGUGUUGCCGUGGUCGCCGCCAUCACCGCAAUUGGAAGCUUCCUCUACUGCCGCAAGAAACGCGAAGCCCAGCCGCCGCAGCAGAAGGAAGGUGUGGGAGAUGUUGGACAGAAGUCUAUAGUCGACCGCAAGAGAAUGCCGAUUCCAGGUGAAAUGCCAAAGGAUCUCUCUAUGCCUGAUGAACUGCCUGGUAUAAAGUUUCAGCGGGAGGCGAUGAAGGAAAACGUCUACCUGGAGGUGGACGAUCCACGCUAUACGAACAUCCAAGUCUGUGCUGAGGCCCAGUCUGCGUACCUGUGCCCAGACCCUGUUGUCGCAGAGGAGAAGACGGCGACCGUGGAAUCUGCAUGAGAGAGGAGGAGAGAGAUGGGAGAGAAAGGGAGUGGGGGUCGGGGGGAGUGGGGCUCGGGGGGAGUUGGGAAAGAGGAGAGAGAUGAAAGAAGAGAGAGAUGAUAUGAGGGGAGAGGAGAUGGAGAUGGCAAAUCGAGGGAGGGGGAGAGUUCAGAAAGAGAGCGGAGAUUAAAUAAGAGAGAUGGGAGAGAAUAGGGGUAUAUGAGUGAGAGAGUUGGGAAAGAGAAGGUAGGGGGUAGAGUUGGGAGAACAGGAGAAUAUAGAAGAUAGGGGGUAGAGAGAGUUAGAGUAGAGUCUGGAGUGAUGACGUCAUGUAGAAUAUGCGUGUGUGUAGUUGACGCGGUGCAUAAUCAUCGCCACUAGGCAGACUACCCACCUCCUCGUGUGCUGUUCCGGCCUUCAUAGGUGCUCGCUAACAGCACUUUCCCCAACAAUCUGUCAAGGCUGGGCGGGUGCAAUACUGCUGUCUCAACUUAUGCUCACUGUGACGAGUGCACCGCUGCAUGCUUGGGUCAUUAGUCGCGCACAUCUGAUUAGCACGGCUGGAUACGUACGGUGCGAAAGAAGUUAAACAUACAUACACACUACUAUACACUACACCACCAUGCUAGAUUGAAAACUCAUUUCUUAAGGACUGCUUUGUCCCAUGACCUCUCUCCAAUGAGUUUCAACAUAGCACCCGCGAAGACUCAAACAUCGGAGGGGGUUGACCCUUCUGGGGCUGUGGUGCAUCAGAUACCAGAGGAAGUAGCCACUCCCUGUGAGUCAGUGGUCAGUGGCUGGCAAGGUGAGGUUGACCCUGCUGGGGCUGCCGUGCCUCAGAUUCCAGAGGAAGCAGUCACUCUCUGCGUGCAUUCCUGCAGUAUGCCGAAGAAGCUUCAAGCACGUGGAAUGAAACGGUCGGACGUCGCUCUGAGCAGCAGAGUAGCGGUAAAGCCUGAUAACUCUCAGGGGCGAGGGAGGGAGAGGCGUGAGCUAUGGCUGUGAUCCCUGGGUUUUGAUGUUUGUUGUAAGGUUUUGUGUGGAUUACGUACCGAAUUAAAGAAACAAAUAUU